UAAAAAAGAAAAAAGAAAAAGUUGGAGUGUAUCCCUGUCCGAACAACACAGAACAUAAUUAUCAUACUUCCAAUAAUUUCUGUAGUGUUUCCGCAAUGCCCAAAAAGAACAUCUAUCAAGAAAACCUCUCACCUUCUCUCUCUGGCGGGAAGAACAAACCCGGCUUUAGAAAUCCCUAAAAAUCGAUUCAUUCUUCCCAUUUUUCAAAACUAAAAUCUGCACCCAUUACCAUGUACUGGCUAACAGCGAAGUCCGUAGUAGUUUCGCUUCCCCGGUGGCGUCCUCUCGCUCUCUUGCUUCGUUCCCCUCUCAGUGGCCGUUAUUUUCUUUCCUCUUCUCACUCACUCGGACGUUGGGAACCAAUUCGUUGCUUCAAAGACCAGAAGGCUCCUAAAGGAACCACAAAAAUGACCAAGAAACUCAAAGAACCGAACAAUGUCCUUUACGAUAAGGAUCAUUCUCACAUUACAUGGUGGAAGGAGAGGCUGCAGUUGUGUAGAAAGCCUUCUACUGUCCAGCUAAUUAAAAGGUUGACAUAUUCGAAUUUGCUAGGGUUGGAUGUUAACUUGAAAAAUGGGAGUUUAAAAGAAGGAACACUUAACUGGGAGAUGUUGCAGUUCAAGUCAAGAUUUCCUCGUGAAGUUUUGCUGUGUAGAGUUGGAGAUUUUUACGAGGCCAUUGGAAUUGAUGCAUGUUUUCUUGUUGAAUAUGCUGGUUUGAAUCCAUUUGGUGGUUUGCGUUCAGACAGUAUUCCAAGAGCUGGCUGUCCUGUCGUGAAUCUACGACAGACUUUGGAUGACCUGACACGUAAUGGGUAUUCAGUUUGCAUAGUGGAGGAAGUUCAAGCUCCAACUCAAGCCCGUUCUCGCAAAAGUCGUUUCAUAUCUGGGCAUGCUCAUCCAGGAAAUCCUUAUGUUUUUGGACUCGUUGGGGUUGAUCAUGAUCUUGAUUUUCCAGAACCAAUGCCCAUAGUUGGAAUAUCUCGUUCUGCAAAAGGAUAUUUUAUAGUUUCAGUGCUAGAGACUAUGAAGACGUAUUCUGCGGAGGAUGGUCUGACUGAAGAAGCAUUGGUUACCAAGCUUCGUACUUGUCGGUGCCAUCAUUUAUUUCUGCAUACAUCUUUGAAAAGCAAUUCCUCAGGGACUACUCGUUGGGGAGAGUUUGGUGAAGGAGGGCUAUUGUGGGGAGAAUGCAGUGUCAGGCACUUUGAAUGGUUUGAAGGCAAUCCUGUUAAUGAGCUCUUGUUUAAGGUAAAGGAGCUCUACGGUCUUGACAAUGAAGUCACUUUCAGAAAUGUCGCUGUUUCUUCAGAAAACAGGCCUCGCCCUUUACACCUAGGAACAGCCACACAAAUUGGUGCUAUACCAACUGAAGGAAUACCAUGUUUGUUGAAGGUUCUGCUUCCAUCAAAUUGCACUGGUCUUCCUGUUCGGUAUGUAAGAGAUCUUCUUUUGAAUCCCCCUGCUUAUGCGAUUGCAUCCACAAUUCAAGCGGCAUGUAAACUUAUGAGCAAUGUAACAUGCUCAAUUCCCGAGUUUACUUGUGUUCCAUCCGCGAAGCUUGUGAAGCUACUUGAGCUUAGGGAGGUUAAUCAUAUCGAGUUUUGCAAAAUCAAAAGUGUGCUUGAUGAAAUACAGCAGUUGAAUAAAAAUUCUGAGCUUAAUGAGAUCCUGAAAUUGUUAAUGGAUCCUACAUGGGUAGCAACUGGGUUGAAAGUGGAUUUCGAGACUUUAGUCAAUGAAUGUGAAUGGGUUUCACGCAGAAUUGGUGAAAUGAUAUCUUCGGAUGGAGAAAGUGAUCAAAAGACAAGUUAUUAUCCUAUCAUUCCUAGUGAAUUCUUUGCGGAUAUGGAGUCCUCUUGGAAAGGUCGAGUGAGGAGGAUCCAUUUAGAUGAAGAAUUUGCAGUAGUGGAAAGGGCAGCUGAGGCCUUAAAUUUAGCUAUUACGGAAGAUUUUCUCCCUAUAAUUUCAAGAAUAAAAGCUACCACUGCUCCAUUUGGAGGACCAAAGGGAGAAAUAUUAUAUGCACGGGAGCAUGAAGCUGUUUGGUUCAAGGGAAAACGUUUUGCACCAGCUGUAUGGGCUUGUACCCCUGGAGAAGAUCAAAUUAAAAAUUUGAGACACGCUUUAGAUUCGAAAGGUAGAAAGGUCGGCGAGGAAUGGUUUACCACAAUGAAGGUGGAGGAUGCACUAACAAGGUACCAUGAGGCAGGUGCCAAGGCAAAAACAAGGGUUUUGGAACUUUUAAGGGGACUUUCUGCUGAGUUACAAACUAAAAUCAAUAUCCUCGUCUUUGCUUCCAUGUUGCUUGUCAUUGCAAAGGCAUUAUUUUCGCAUGUGAGUGAAGGGAGAAGAAGGAAAUGGGUUUUUCCUACUCUUGCAUGGUUCCGCAGGUCUAAGGAUACAGAACCACUAGAUGGAGCUGAUAGGAUGAAGAUAACUGGUUUAUCACCAUAUUGGUUUGACGUAGCCCAAGGGAGUGCUGUACAAAAUACAGUUGAUAUGCAAUCCCUGUUUCUUCUGACAGGACCAAAUGGGGGUGGUAAAUCAAGCUUGCUUCGAUCAGUUUGUGCAGCUUCAUUACUUGGAAUAUGCGGCUUUAUGGUGCCUGCAGAAUCAGCCUUGAUUCCACAUUUUGACUCCAUCAUGCUACACAUGAAAUCUUAUGAUAGCCCUGCUGAUGGGAAAAGUUCAUUUCAGAUUGAAAUGUCAGAGAUCCGUUCUAUAAUAACUGGAGCCACUUCAAGGAGCCUAGUUCUUGUAGAUGAAAUAUGCCGAGGAACAGAGACAGCAAAGGGAACAUGUAUUGCCGGUAGCAUUGUAGAAACUUUGGAUAAACUUGGUUGUCUGGGUAUGGUAUCAACCCACUUGCAUGAAAUUUUUAAUUUACCACUUGCUACAAAGAACAUUGUAUAUAAAGCAAUGGGAUCGGAAUAUGUUGAUGGUCAAACAAAACCAACUUGGAAGUUGAUAGAUGGGAUUUGCAAAGAGAGUCUUGCAUUUGAAACUGCCCAGAAGGAAGGAAUUCCUGAAACACUUAUCCGAAGAGCCGAAGAACUAUAUUUUUCAGUUUAUACAAAAGAUGCACUUCAAGGAAGAAGUGACCAAAACCUAGAAAUGUCUACUUCAGAUAUAAAUGUCAACAGUUCCAUUGUAGCCUCUGAAAAACUUAACGGUAUUAGAAACAGGGCGAUCCAUUCUAAGAUAGACUCAACAAAACAUAUGGAGGUUUUGUGGAAGGAAGUUGAGAGUGCUGUCACCAUAACGUGUCAAAAAAAGCUGACUGAGCUUUACAAGAAAAAAGGUACAUCAGAACUUGCAGAGAUAAAUUACGUUAAGAUUUCUGCUAGAGAACAGCCACCACCAUCGACAAUAGGUGCUUCAAGUGUCUAUGUGAUGCUUAGACCUGACAAAAAACUGUAUGUUGGAGAGACUGAUGAUCUUGAGGGACGAGUCCGUGCUCAUCGUUCAAAAGAUGGGAUGCAGAAUGCUCCAUUCCUCUACUUUUUAGUCCCUGGGAAGAGCAUGGCUUGCCAAUUGGAAACUCUUCUCAUCAACCAGCUUCCCAAUCACGGUUUCCAUCUCAGCAAUGAAGCUGAUGGUAAGCAUCGGAAUUUUGGCACAUCUGAUCUCUCCUUAGAAACUGUGAGCUUGCAUGGAUGAAUCUGACUCUCCAUCCUUCAUUAUGUAGAAGAUGUGAAGAUAGAGUAGAGUGCAUCUCCAAUGUAAUUUUGUUAUUAUUUGAUUUGUAAAUUAGCGAAAAUCACACAACAUGCAAAUUUCAGUGGCAGCAGCAAUUUUGUCCUUGAUGCUUGCUCCACAAUAGCAGUUACUCACAUUGCCUUGUCGAUGUCAACCAAUUUUGUUGUUUUGAAUCUUUUGGCACAUCAAAGGCUGGCAUAUCGUGAUGGAAGUUUGUUCAUUUGUUUCCAGUCCUGAUCUUCUUCUACAUUACCGUCUUCUGGAUUCGUUUCAGGUGCCGAAGCUGCAUGACCUAUUCUAGAUUACAA